AUGGCAGGUCUGCCAGGCGGCGGCCGCCUCGCUCUCUUCUGCGUCUUGGCUGUUUCGUGCAUUGCGCUCGCGGCGCGCACCUCCGACGCCACCGGGCGGGACGCUGGCGUCGGCACCGACAAGCACCCCAUCAGGUACGCCGCGCCUCCGCCACCGCCGAUGUCGUCCGAGCCGCGGGCAUGCGAGUUCGAGAACUUGCGCCUGUACAAGGCGUACCUCGUGAUCAAGAAGUUCAAGAAGACGGUGACCCGCGACCCCAAGGGCGUCACCAGCACCUGGACCGGCACCGACCUCUGCGGCUCCUACAAGGGCUUCUUCUGCGAGCGGCCGCGCAACAUCCCUGACAGGACCGUCGCGUCCGUCGACUUUAACGGCUACCAGCUGCAUGCCGACUCCCUGCAGGGCUUCGUGGACGGCCUCCCGGACCUGGCGCUGUUCCACGCCAACUCCAACAACUUCGGCGGCGCCCUGCCCAACCUCAACAAGCUGCAGUACUUCUACGAGCUGGACGUGAGCAACAACAGGCUCGCGCCCGCGCCGUUCCCGACGGACGUGCUGGGCCUCGCCAACGCCACCUUCAUCGACAUCCGCUUCAACAGCUUCUUCGGCGAGCUGCCGGCGGGGAUCUUCUCCUCGUUCCCGGAGGUGCAGGCCAUCUUCGUCAACAACAACCAGUUCUCCGGCAACCUCCCGGACAACCUCGGCGACUCCCCCGUGAACUACCUCUCCCUCGCCAACAACCAGUUCACCGGGCCGAUCCCCGCGUCCAUCGCCCACGCCGCCGACACGCUCCUCGAGGUGCUCUUCCUCAACAACAUGCUCAGCGGCUGCCUUCCCUACGAGCUCGGCCUGCUCGCCCAGGCCACGGUCAUCGACGCCGGCACGAACCGGCUCACGGGCCCCAUCCCGUGCUCGUACGCGUGCCUGCGGAACGUGGAGCAGCUCAACCUGGCGGACAACCUCCUCUACGGCGUGGUGCCCGACGCGCUCUGCCGUCUCGCCACCGACGGCCACCUCGCCAACCUCACGCUCUCCGGCAACUACUUCACGUGGCUGGGGGAAUCCUGCUGGGACCUGAUCAGCGAGGGGAAGCUCAACGUCGACCGCAACUGCAUCCCUUAUGCGCCCAACCAGCGGUCCUACGAGGAGUGCGCCGAGUUCUUCCACGAGAACUGGACCAAGAUGACGACGUGCCCCGUCAACUUCCACGUGCCAUGCGAGGACCACCACGAGGGCUACGGCAGUGUGGACGCCGGCAGGGAGGAGGCGAAGGCGGCGGAGGAGUACCAGUACCGGACCUACUCGGCACUGAAACCGUAAGGCCCAGACCGGCCGGCGAGGGCACGUACGUACAGGUGUUUAAAGGAAGAAAGCACUGUCCGGCCGUCUCGUGAACGUGCGUAUGCGACACGGCGCAGAGCUAGCUGCUUCGUCGUUGCGACGGCUGGUUUGG